GUAAACUUUGAUAGUGAUUAACAUGAUUAUAAAAUUUAUCUUAUUUUGAAUAUUACAUAAUUUCUUGUGAUUGCGAUAACCGAGUGAUUAAUUUUUCAAAGAGUUUUGUUUCUUCUAGUGUUGCUUUGUCUUCUAACUCUGAAAGCCGUAUGUGUUGUGAUGCUACCACCGAGAACGUGUGUCUGUGGGUGGCUGCAUUCACUCCUCUUCCUCAUUUUUUUUUUUUUUUUUCGUAAAGUGCGCGUGAAAAGGUCAUGUUGUUUACUGUCAGCAUGGCUGAACAUCUUCCUACACAACUGUUAGCGGGUUUUACGUAUGGGUAGGUGGAGCUGGAGAUGCUAAAUUGCACGUGACAUGAGGAAGAUCACCGAUUGGGCGACUGGCAUUGUAUCUACCACUUAUCCCAGCCGGCAUAUAUGUAAGCUGUGCCUGAAGAGAAAUGUACCAUAUGGUCUUGACAUCAUCACAUGCUUGUUCGUCCCUUAAAUGGAAGGACAAGACUCGAGGGUGGCCCCGUUGCAAGAAGUUUUGAAGGUCAUGUCAGACUCUAACACAAAUCAUUAAGUCUCAGAACGCUCUAGCAUGUGUAUGAGAUAUAGCCAGAGUGACGGAGGGGCAGACAAAGAAAGAAUACCUGCAGACAAGUUCACUGUGAACCCCGAAGAGUGUUAACGAACGAGCAUCUCUGCAAGUCUAAACACGACACGACCUUCGGUAUUUACAAACUCGCUCUGGCUUUCAAACCGCUAACUAAUGCAACGAGGAUGUACAUCACUCUUCACUGGCACAAAGUCAGAGGGCAACUUGUACAUGUCAUCGCCGAGCUACUGCUGAAACUACCGGCCUUUGUCUUACGCCAUUUACAUACACGAACGCACUGCAGACGACGAGUCGUCAGUAGUCUUCCUUGCUUGUAAGAGUGAGAAUCGUACCAAACUGGAACUUGAAAUUAUUGGAAUAUUCUUAAACGAGAAGAUCCUUUUGCGAACAGACGAUGUGUCGCUGGAAUUUCAAACCUACUUUCAAGAUGAAAUGUUUGCAGGUGCAGAAAAUGUAAGCUCCUUUUGAUAACGGAACUUGCUGUAAGUAUGAAAGAGGCGAUACCUGGCUAUGGAAUGUUAGCAAUCGUUUUUCCCACAGUAGGCAGGAACACCUCGAUGUCGUCACACCUUUAGCGUACGUGCUUCUGGCUCACGAUGAAUACGAAAUGGUUGAUGACCUGGUACACCUGACAUUACACCAACACUUCUAUCGAUGCACGAUAUGUGAGGAAGUUCUACUUUCAUCUAAAAGUUCCCAUAAUACAUCUCCAGGCUGCGUACAGUGCGUCAAAUCACAAAACCAAACACAUCCAAGCUCCCGAACCUUCUUUAGUCAGCGAAAUAAUUUCAACCUGCUGUCUCUCCGUUUCGAUAGUUAGCCUUGUGUUCAUGCUCCUUACUUAUGGUAAAUUCUCGCAACUGAGAACGCUGCCGGGGCUCAACAACAUUUGUCUGGCCGCCUGGCUUCUAGUCGGGCAGCUGAUGGUUCUCAUCGUCCCUGAUAAGACGGGGUUGCCGGCCAUUUGCGUGGCGCUGGGUAUGUUGCUGCACUACGCGUGGCUGUGUGUCGUGUGCUGGACCAGCGUGUGUUCCUUCCACAUGUUCUAUGUUUUCGUGCUGCUGCAGGCGUCCUUGCAAGCGCAGCACCGUCAAAGCUGGUACCUGCGGCGCUACGCAGCUGUCGCUCACCUGCUGCCGGCGAUGGUGGUGAUCUCCGUUGUCGGGGUCAGCCAGGUCAUCAGCCAGGGGCGAAAUUACGGGUAUGGAGGUCACGUCUGCUAUCUGAACUCUGUGAUUCUGGUAGGCGUGGGCUUUGUAUUGCCUCUUGCAGCGUGCGUGACCUUUAACCUCGUCUUGCUGGGCAUCACUGCGAGAACACUGUCCAACGUGGAGCGCGUACCAAAACAUUCAGCGACAGCCGAAAGCAGCAACCUACCAAUUUACGCCAAAUUGUCCUCCCUUACUGGUACGUGCUGGAUCUUGGCGCUGCUGGCCGAGAUUCCGGGGUGGGGUUGGCUAAAGUACCCGUCUGCAGUACUGAAUGGUCUGCAGGGGUUUCACCUGGCGCUCAGCUACGCCGUUAACAAGCGCGCCCUGAUGCUAUGGCGACAGGCGAUUCAGACGAAAAAGACGACGUCAGAGCUUUCCAAAACUCAAAAUACUUCGGGUACCACCGUCUGAAAAGGAGGUAGAGAAAAUCACCCAAAUCGCGAGAAGCUUGGAGGCGAGUAUCUGGUUCGCACGAUUUUGAAAAACAACAUACCGUAAUAAAAUUUAACCCAGUCAUAUAAAAUUUUUAUAACUAUGUUCGUCUACAGAGAUAAAAUAAGGAUAUGUUCUUGAUGUCACUGUAGUUAAGAUAUUAAUAUGGUCUUUCGUUACUGAAAGCUGUUCAUUGCUUUCAGUCAGUGGCAGACUUGGAGUAUUUGGGUUGCUUUUUAUGGACUACCUAGAGAUAUCACACAAUUCUUUCAUGGGCAUCCUCUCUCACAUCGUGGAAACAAAUGCCUU